AAAAUAUACGACGGAGAGGAUCGGCUCGGCGGGGGGGGGGAGGAGCCUGCAGCCCGCCCGCUCUUUUAAUUGGCUGCCGGCAGCCGUGCGCGUCGCUAAUUACUGCGCGAUGUUCUGCGCAAAGAAAUGUCGGGCAGAAAGGGCGAACUUCAGCCUAGCGCAGCCAUGACAUGUCCCAACAGCCAGGCUGCCAAUCCCUUCUUCGUGGACUCGCUCAUCAACGUCAGGGGCGACUGCGGCUCUUAUUACCACGGCAACGGCGUCUAUUUGCCACCGGAAUACUCGUACGGACUCCCCGGCGGCUCGACCUGCUUCGCCGGCGUCGCCAAGCGCGGCGAGGGGAGCGCGCCGAGCGGCGUCCCCCCUUCGGCCGCCUACGCUCCGGGGACGGAGACGUGGCCGCAGGAGGCGUCUCGCUCGUGCAGGCUGGAGCAGCAGCAGCAGCACGCCGGCCAGCAGUGCUCCUUCUCCGGCGCCAUCAAGGAGGAGAACGCCUACUGCCUGUACGAGUCCGACAAGUUCCCCAAAGGAGCCCCGGCCGAGGACCUCUCCUUCCCCGGGGCGCCGUGUCGCUCCGCGGGCGGCGGCGGCGGCGGGGGCACCGUGCCCGUGCCGGGCUACUUCCGCCUGUCGCAGACCUACGCCUCCUCCGGGCUUUACCACCGAGCCCCGCCGACCGCCGCUAACUUCCUGCCGCCGAGACCGCUUCCGGCUCCCUCCGGGCCGCGGGAGAGCCACGAGGCGGCGCCGGCGUCGGAGCCCCGCGUCGCCCCGGUUCGGGAGGAGGACAGCCGGCUGUCCUCCGGCGACGGCUCGUCGUCCCCGGAGCCUGCGGACGCGUGCGGCGCCGAGUGUGAAGAAAAGCCCGCAAAAGAUGCCAGCAAAGCGGAGAGUCCGGCUAACUGGCUGACGGCCAAAAGUGGCAGGAAGAAGCGGUGCCCUUACACCAAGCACCAGACUCUGGAGCUGGAGAAGGAGUUCCUGUUCAACAUGUACCUGACCCGGGAGCGACGCCUGGAGAUCAGCCGCAGCGUGCACCUCACCGACAGGCAAGUGAAAAUCUGGUUCCAGAACAGGAGGAUGAAACUGAAAAAAAUGAGCCGGGAGAACAGGAUCCGGGAGCUGUCCGGGAACUUCGCCUUCUCCUGAGACUUUUUUUUUUUUUUUUUUUUUUUUUUUGCGAGGCGGACGGACGCGCAUCUUCAUCCCACCGGACUGCGGAGGAGGGAGGAGGAGGGGUGGGGGGUGAACAGCAACCCAGCGACUCCCCCCCCUCGCCCUCCAAACAAGGCUAACUUAUUAAGUGUGUAUUUAUAUCAGUGGCAUUUGUAAGCGUUGUGUUUGAAAUGUUCACAAAUGUGAUUAUCGUCUGCAUGCGCGGUUCUGCUCAGUCGGUGUCAGUAAAAAAAAAAAAAAAAAUUUCAAUGACUAUUUGCACUUUUGCUGCUCGACACCACGAUCGUCAUAAACGAUCCACGCCGAUUAUUGUUGCACAUUUCCCAAUAAAUGCAUUUUUUUUAGAAUGCCAAAAAUGUUAAAAUCCAUAUUUCAUUUCAUGGCACAGUGUUAAAAUGCAUUUUCAUUGCAAAUGACAUAUUAUUAUGAUUCGAACGGAACUCGCCAUGGCACGAUGUUAAAAUGAUUUUUUAAUAUGUAGUGACACAAUCCAUCUUUUCUAUUACGGCUGUGCUCAAACGUUUUCAUGCUUUUCAUAAUAUUUGUGAAAUAUUGACACUUUUUGGGGGGUAGUAUAUGAGUGAUGACUAAACGAGUGUUUUCCAUUGUUUACCUCAUUUCUCUUUCGUUAAAUGAUUUUUUGCUGCGUUUGUACAUUAAUAACAGUUUUUUAUUGGGGAAAAACACAUUUUUUCUUAAUCACUCAUGUUUUCUUUGAAUAAUGGUACACAUCUCAGAAAUUCUGCCAGGGUUUGGAAACUUAUGAGCACAGCUGUAAGUCCCAAUGACGAAAAAAAAAACUUUGUAAAAUGUAUCUUUUAUUGGUACUUAAUUCCAACUCCCAAUGUACACACAUUUUAAAAUGCAUAAUUUUUUUGUUGUCUUUUGUAAUGUCACGAUGUUAAAAAGCGUCUUGACUCCCA